UGUUUCGGUUACAAAGUGGAACCUUUUUUCCAUUCAAACAUAAACAAAGGGACUCUCUCCCUCCUUCCUCUGAACCCCGCGAUUUAGGGAAUAUGGAAGCACCACCUUUGUCAAUGGAAUUUCACCCUAAAGAGAAUAACAAAAUUGAAGUCACAUUUAUGGAACAAAGUAGAGAUCAUCAGAAAAAGGAUAUGAUGGGGCAAGUGCAAGUGCAAGUCCAGUCUGAUGAAGGGAAUUUCACUUUGCUAGAACCUGAACAAAAUUCCAGUGGGAUUUAUGAUAAGCCUCUUUCAUGCUUUGGUUGUGGCAUUGGUUGGUUCUCAUUUCUUCUGGGAUUUGUAUUUCCACCACUAUGGUAUUUUGCUACAGUGCUUUAUUUUGGAAAUUACUAUCAUAAAGACCCAAGAGAACGACCUGGUCUUGCAGCAUCUGCAAUUGCUGCAUUGUUUUGCUCAUUGAUUGUCUUGAUUACCCUGCUUGCAGUUUUCUGUGGCAUAAAAAUUUCUCAUCCUGGAUGAUAGUUUCUUUGCCUUACAAAAAUGCAGGAAAUGUUGUGUCAGCAAUUUUUUUAUUUAUUAACUAGUUAGAGUGUUCCAAAUAUUGAGGUUCGACAUGAUUUUGUAUAUAAAUGUAGCCAUAUGAAAUUGA